AUGUUCAAUAGUUGGAUGAUUCUGCUACUCAUCUUGGUAGCCGGUGCUGUAGCUGCUAGUGAUAGAACAUGGACCACUGACGAAGGUGUUAAAAUCGAGAUCAUCAAAAAAAUUCCAGGUGACCACGAAAUAUGUAGAUCGGUGAUUUUCUAUCAAAAUUUACAUUUAGAUUCAAAUUACACAUUCGUGCUAGGACGAGGUGAAGUUAUCCGCGGAAUGGACAUCGCCAUGGAAGGAAUGUGUGUUGGAGAGCAGCGUAAAGUUACCAUCCCACCUGAAGAAGGUUUCGAUGAUACGAGCAACAUGGAUGGGGUUGAUGGAGCAGAACCACUUAACUACUUCGUCGAACUCAAAAGUCUUUUCCGACCGAAUCCUGGAGACAAAUGGAUUACUGAUGAGGGUGUUCAUAUAAGUCAGGAAAAAUUGUUUUCUGUACAGGUCACGCACGAAAUUGAUGAGAGCGAAUGCAUCAAGGCAGAGAAAGGCGACACCCUUCACCAACACUACACUCUUCAUCUCGAGGAUGGUACUUUCAUCGAUUCAAGCUGGAAUCGGAACAAACCAUUCGUUUUCAAACUGCACACUGGACAGGUCAUUCCUGGCAUGGACAUCGCCAUGGAUGGUAUGUGCGAGGGAGAACGCCGAAAAGUUAUAAUUCCAUCUGAACUAGCUUAUGGAGAGAAAGGCCGACCUCCAGGAAUUCCCGGAAAUGCACCUUUACACUUCGAAAUUGUUCUAGAAAAGAUUGUAAAAGCAGAAAAAGAAGAACUUUAA